UGUCUGUGUUUUUGUAGUUAGCGCUUUUGGCGUUCGUUAAUAAUAUUUACAAGAUUUGUUUCCUUCCUUUGAAUGUUGAAUAUCACAAUUAUAAUUUGUGUGAUUUCUAAUGGACGCAAAAAUCAUUAAAGAACCGCUCCGAAACCUGGGCGUCUAUCGUUUAAAUAGGUUAUGUGAUGUGUUUGUUCUUUGUUUACUAAAUAACAAUGGAAUUAACGUUGGAUACCAACUCGAAGAUGACUCGAAAUGUGGUCGACGUUUUCUGCGAUAUGAACUCUAUAUGCAGAUUAUGCUUAGAAAAGAAUGAACUGGAUAAGAACCUUUACAACAUAUUUGAGGCUAAAAUUCAAUUGGAUUUGAUCAGCAAUUUCAUCAUGGCCUGUGCUUCUGUACAGAUUGCAGAAGGAGAUGGUCUACCCAUUUUCAUAUGCCAGCAUUGCAUGUCCAGGUUAACCAAUGUGUGGGAAUUUAGGAUGCAAUGCCAAGAGUCUGAUGCAAAACUCAGAGAGAUUUACAAUUCACAAUUGCAGCUCAAUACAUUUACUGAAUUCAGUUUGGUUGUAAAGGAUCAAUUUGAGCUGAAGCAAAUUGAUGAUAAUGAUGAUGAUAAACAGGUUGAUGCAGCUAUUGUUCAGAUAGAAGUUGAUGCUAUUGAGAAUGGCUCAGAGGAGAAGGCUGAUAAUGAGAGGAAGGAGUGCAAUAAAUUAGAGAAACCCAAGGAGGCAAAGUUGCACCAAUGCCAUACAUGUGGGAAGACUUUUAAUAGGAGGGAAUAUUUAACUCAGCACAUUCGAAUACACACUGGAGAGAAACCGUAUCAUUGUCAUCUGUGCGAGAAGAGGUUCGUGAAUUCCGGUCAUCUUACUACGCACAUGAGGACGCACACUGGUGAGAAACCGCACGCUUGUAGUUUGUGUCCGAAAGCAUUCAGCACCAGACAAGAACUGCACAAGCACACUAUGGUGCACAAUGGCGAGAGGCCGUUCAUAUGCAAAUUGUGCGAGAAGAGGUUCGGAAGUUCUAGCAAUCUGUAUUCGCAUUUGAAGCACCAUACCGGCGAGAAGAACUUCACCUGCGAAAAUUGCGGAAAAGCGUUUUUCACAAAGCAGGAACUCAAGCAGCACCAAGUUGUACACACGGGAGAGAAAGCUUUUCUAUGUGAAUUCUGCAACAAACGAUUUUCGCAGAUUGCACAUUUGAAAAGACAUUCCAAACUACACAGAAGUUAACUGUUGCUUGUAUAAUUUGUUUGUGAACCAGAUUAUUAUUUUUUGUUUACGGAAACUUAGAGAAUUUAAUGUAACUAGUGCAAUAAUCUUAUAUAUUGUUGAUGUAUCACGCGCAAAUGGUUCUAAACUUUAUUUAGAUUGAGAUACAUUCUGAACAUAUAUCUAAUAAUUAUUAGUAAAGUUCUUGAAAUAUGCAUUAAAUGUAUGUGGAUACGUGAAAGAAUAGGAAUCUGAAUCUGAUAAUACUUUAUAUUCUUAAUGUAAUUUAACUGAUGUGAAUUUAAGUAAAUAGGUCGUGGGCACAAAAAUGAAGAGUUGAGAAUCAAACCAGUCGUAGACUGCGUAUACUAAAAGUUAUUUGGAUAUUAGUACUAAUUACAUAAAUAAAAGCUUUUAUGUAAUAUUUGCAUUUAAUUUAAAGAUUUCGUUAUUAC